AUGUGGGCUGGUGCCUCUUCAGGCUGGCGGAAGCGUCAGCAAAACACGAAAGCAAGACUGGGUAUCAACGUCGAGCGACCCAAUCCGCUUUCCGAUCCCUCUGGUUCUACCUUGGCAUCCCAGGGCUCUAUCAUCGACAGCGUGGAUUCGCUUUUGGUGACCAAGAGGCAGACCAAUGAUGAGACAGCCGGAGAGAUAGAGGAUCAGGGUGCUCUCGAAGCGCUGACCUACAAUAACGGAAUGUGGACAACCCCAGCCGCAGCGUCUAUCGCAAGCCCAACGCCACCAGCUUUAACAGCCACCGUCCCCGUGGCUCCCAUGGCCAGUCUCACAGACCUUGAUUCCGAAUCAAACACCAUCUCAGCUUCAGCAGUAUCGACAGAUGCUGCAUCUCUCACCUCCACGACGGCGGCGAGGCCGACAUCCGUCACCCCUCUCCCUUCGUCUUCCUCUUUGACUGGGACCUCGUCCUCCAGCAGCUCUUCUACGAGUGCAACUCCCUCGCCGACCGACAAAGCACACAGCAAUGCUCAUUCAGGCAGCGGAGGCUUCCAGCUCAUCUACUUGACCCCAAUCUUGGUUUUCGUGGGUCUUUUCCUCCUAUUUUCUGUAGGUGGUCGCAUGUGGGGCCGAUACCAACACGCCUCUCGUGUCGAAGCCGCCCGUCGCGCACAGUAUGACAAGCGAGCCUCUCGUCAGGCCAAGAAGCGGGAGAUGCAGCGCAUCAAGACCAUGUGGGGUUACGAUCAGACUCCUAUCCUUCCACCAGAGCUUGCACCGGGCGAGCACGACCUCCACUACAAAGACCCAAGCGCUCCUUCAUCGAAGAAGAGCCGCUCAGCGCUGUCCGGGCAAGGCGAAGCAGACAGCUCGUUCGGCAGCGACUCGGAAAGCGGCGCCAGCGGUAAAAGCUCAGAGAUCGACGACAGAUAUCCCGGCACUUUCAAGAUCCUUUCUUUGGCCCUUCUCGGUGAAGGUAGCAAGUCGGGGCCGCCAGAGACAAGAGGUGAAGGUGGCAGAAAGUAUGAGACAGGAGUGCAAAGCAACGGGUGGAUCGCGACCAAAAUUCGUAGGUGGGUUGGAGCCGAUGAGAAAGACAUGACUAUUGAUGACGAGAGGUACACGGCUGCGCCCUACAAGGCUGGUGCGAGACGUAUCAGACACGCCCUCAGUCGCGAUCAAUUGCGCGGUUCAGGUGCUGAUGAAGAGUACAACGAGAAAGAUCUCCAUUCGCCAACGACCACGCUCUCGGUCGGUAGCGGGGAGAUGAAGACGAAAGAGAGGUUCGGCUCCAUUGACCUCACAACGCAAUACCAGCCAAACACUUACUACGGUCUUGGCCACAACUACAACCAAACCGGAACGGACGACCCAUUCCUUACCACUUCGAACGAUGGCGUGGUUCCGGGAUGGAAGAAGCCACUGCCACCACAGCCAAAAGAAUCUCCCUUUCGACCCGCUAUUCUCAACUUCGGCCUUCGAUCUCGCUCCAAGCAAUACGAUCCCAUCGAUCCUACCAAUGAGGCAGAUACACCUGUCAAGCGCGCUUUACUUCAACAAGAUCACGCCGACGAAGCUGGCGGUUUCCUGCCGAAGACUUUCGGACUGGGCAUCUCUGGUGUUUGGAAGACGAUUACUGGCAUGGCCAAUCCCGCUGCAGCGGAUGCCGCCCGUGUGCCCACAGAGGACGACGAGGAGAGCUUCGUUGGUCGUCCUUACCAAGCACAUUCGGAUGCAAUGAUGAGCGAGAGCGACACGCCCUAUUCCACUCGAGACGUUCAUUCGUCUCACGGCUACAUUGAAGCAGGCACGCCCACCAAGUCUCGUCAGCUCGGACGAGCGGGAACUGUGCUCAACGUCAAGUCGACCAAUCAGCCUUGGAACGCCUAUCAACGCGAGCAGAACGUCACACCGCAAUCGGCAGCAAAGAAGAUGACGGGUGCAGCGUGGCAUGAAGCGCUACUUGCCAGCCCUCCAAACAAGCAGCAGCAACAGGUGUUCCAGCCCUUCGUCCAAACCACAAGCCCUUCUCCCACCCGACCGGCAAAACACCACAACCUGGCACCUCGUAAAUCUCUCCUUCUGCAUCAAGCUGUUGCGUCGGCAGCAGCCGCAGCCGAUUCGAACCUAGCCAACGCUACUUCCCCUGCGCAGUCAUCGACAGGCUACAGUGAUCUGGUUGCGUGCUACUCGACGCCUAGUGACGCCGUCCAAUCGCCUGCCGAGGACGUGAUGAGCCCGGCAUCGAUUCGUGUCCUGUGCCCUCCUGUAGCAGUUCGCACCGAUGCUACCUUGACGGAGGAGAGCCUCGGAGCGAGACAAAAGCUGCAACGCGCAAAGACGGCCAAGUAUGCAAAUGACGGGCGCGGAUACGAGCGUGAAGGCGAUGGGGGUUCGACAAUGGCAGGCAGACCUAUUCAGAGGAGCAAGACGGCUUCGACUGACGCCUCGGCUGCCCGUAGCGAGGCACGUGUAAGUCGAAAAGGAACGGUCCACCAUAGCAUGCGUCCUGUCGCAAGCAGGGCUCCAAGCGUUGAGACGCAAGAAACGCAAGGCUCAGAACAAACUAGUUCUGCACUGUACCCUUCCACAUUCACCCAGCCGCUGCGAGUAAGCAAGCAGCCACCGCCCAUCACUUCACCGGCAUCGUGCUACUCGUCAGCUUCGUCGCCCAGCAGAGGAUCCGUCUCCAUUCCCGCGCGUGCCUCGUCAACAUCACCAUCGAAACCGUCCCCAUCAACCUUCCCCGGAAGUCGAACCAGUACAAACCUCCCUUCGGCUUUGCGGAUCGCUUCACCUGAGCCGCUUUCCUCUCAUCAUGCCCAACAUCAACCGCUCGCUCUACCGCUGCUGAGCCAUCCGCACUAUCGUCCCGAAUCCUCCGCAUCUCCGCCAAAGCGAACCAAAGCCGUGUCGAACCGCUCCAACGCAUCCGCCAACGAGGAGGACGACAUCGACGAGCUGUCUGCUGCCAACCACGUUGCGGCUGCGGCGCGCUCCGCGGCUCUCAAGGCGCACAAUCGCACGACGGCGCUUCAGACGGUGGAUGCCAUCGUCUACCAGGGCUAUGCUCAACAUCGCUAG